CAACUUCCACUUUUUGAUCUACUCUUCUUUCCCCUUUCUCUCCCAUUAUCCAUUUCUUCCUUUCCUUCUGAUAGCUAGCUGAUUCACAGAAACAAGCCAUGAAAUAAGCUAAUAACGCGAAAGCUUCCCUUACAGAGAUUCCCAUUUGACCCAUCAAACUAUUCCAAAAACCCAGUACAGCCCUCCCACAAUUACCAUUUUCAAUUUUACUCCCACGGGGCAAAGAACAAAACCCAGUGAAACAGAGAAAGGGGAAAGCCAGCGAGUUCCAUUGAUUUCUAUGUAUGAUUCCAUUGUUUGUAUUGUAAUCAACUCUCAUUACUCUAUUUGCCUUCCUCUACCCUCGAUUCCUCGUCGUUUUCUCCCUUUUCGCUGCUGUCUCUGUCUCACUCUUCACACUCUGUUUCGCCUCCAUUUUUAAUUUUUAUUUUGCUUUCUUCUUAAGCUUGUCUCUUCACUCUUCACGCAGCUCGAGAUUCUUUUCCAUUUGUUUAACAAUGAAAGAUCCUUUCUCUAUCUCCUUCUUCCUCUUCUUCUUCCAUUGGUUCACUUUCAACCGUAAAGUAAUGGAGUUUGAAUAAACUAAGACUAAGAGCAAUACAGACCUCGUUGGCUGGCUGCCGGAGGUGGAGGAACUUGAAAGCCAUUUGUUUCUGCGGUGGUGGUUUUUCCUUUUUUAUUCAUUAAAUCAUUUUUUCGGGGUUCUAUAAAUUUCCCGCUCUUUGUAAAUACCGAGGUUACUUACUACCGCCAAUCUCUUUUCCCUUUUCUCUCCUGCUGCUGCUCUGCUGCCUUCCUUUGUCCUUCUCUUCACUUCCCUCGCCAUUUUUGUUUUCUUCUAAUAAUUAGAAACCACUGUCAUUUCUUACUCUUGAUCCCGUUUCCCGAUACCAGGGUUUCUGUAAUAAGUGUAAUUGAUUCAAAAAUUUGGAUUGAUCAACUGGAGAAGGAAGGAAGGAGACGAUGAUGAACACUAGAGUUCGCUCUGCACUUCAGGGCUUGAAAGCUCCAUUGAACCCUGAUAAUACCAACAAUCAUAACAAUAACCACAAAAAGGAGAAAAUGCAGAGGCAUGGUGGAGGAAUAAGAGCAAUUGCUGCCCUAAAAUCUGCAGCCAUUACCAACAGGCGUAAAUUGAACAAAGAAAGGAAAUUGGCAUUGCUACAAGAUGUUGAUAAGUUGAAGAAGAAGCUUAGACACGAAGAGAAUGUACAUAAAGCAUUAGAGAGAGCUUUCACUAGACCUCUUGGAGCUCUCCCUCGCUUGCCUCCUUAUCUCCCUCCUUAUACAUUGGAGUUGCUUGCGGAAGUGGCUGUACUAGAAGAAGAAGUAAUUAGGUUAGAAGAGCAAGUUGUGAACUUUAGACAAGGCCUCUACCAAGAAGCUGUCUACAACAACAACUGCUCUAAAAACUCUACUAAUGAUGGAGCUUCUGAACAACAACAACAACCUUGCUGUUCUUCGUCUAGUACGAGAACACCAGCUAGGCAUUCGAGAUCAAAGUCAGUCUCGUCGACCAACGAGCUCAUCAGUUCAUCGCCAUUUGGAUCAGCAGCCAGACAGCAGCAGCAGCCUUCUCUUGCAAGAAGUACAUCAAGCAGAAAGCUCUUGCCAAGUGAGAGUCCAAUAAUAAGUGGUCAAUCUAGACAUAAAGGUCAAGGCUCAAACAAGGUGAUUUCUUCCACUCCAUAUAAUGAGAUAGGGAAGGAGAAUCGUUCGUGGAGUAAUUCGUUGAAAGAGAAGCAAUCUCCUGAGAAGAGAAAUGGCAAGGUUGCAACCCCGCGUAAGAGACUGUUUGAUAACAGACGGCUAUCAGAAGAUAAAUGCUCAGUUGUUCCCUCAAAGUCAACGGUGGAAUGCAGGUUAGCAGAAGAAGAAGCAACAUCAUCAUCGGGUUGCUCGGAUGAAGUUCUUGAAGCUAACAAGCUAUCUGAGGAUAUGGUGAAGUGCCUAUCCACCAUUUUCAUGAGGAUGAGAACAUCGAAAGACAAGGCAGCGGCAGAUAUGGUCACCACCCUAGAAAGUGAGUGUGGUUGGUACGCUUAUUACCACGGUGAAAGUAGUAGAGAUAACAACACUGUUGGUCCAUACAGAGAUAUGUGUGCAAUUGAAGCCAGCUCGAUCGACCUCAACCGGGUAACAACCGUUGUGUUCUUAGACAUGAUCAAUGCUUGCUUGCUUUUCAGGUUUCUGAUAAAGAAACUUGGCAGUGUGAAUUUGGAAGGGCUUACUCACCAGCAAAAGCUUGCUUUCUGGAUAAACAUAUACAACUCUUGUAUGAUGAACGCCGUUUUGGAGCAUGGGGUGCCCGAGACGCCUGAAAUGGUUGUGGCACUAAUGCAAAAGACAUGCGAAAAGGCGUCGAAGAACAACAGCGACGAGAUGAAGGCGCGCAACAGCUUCGGGUUAGAGUGGUCAGAACCUUUGGUCACCUUUGCACUCUCCUGUGGAAGCUGGUCCUCCCCUGCUGUGCGGGUAUACACAGCAACAGGAGUGGAAGAAGAGCUAGAGGCAGCAGAGAGAGACUACCUGUGGGCAGCAGUUGGGAUGUCGAAGACGAGACAGGAAGCUGAUGAUACCAAAGCUACUGGGCUGGUAUCUGCUGGACUAUGCCAAGGACAUGGGCUCGUUGCUGGACUGGGUCUGCCUGCAGCUGCCCGAUGGGCUCAGGGAUGAAGCUGUGAGGUGCGUGGGGAGAAAGGGGAGAGAGCGAGCCAUUGUCACAUUUGGUUCAGGUCACGCCUUACAAUUUCAGCUUCAGGUUUCUUGUCUUCUACAGAGGUGAGAAUUGGAAGAGGAAUAAUAUAAUAUUAUGGAGUUUGGUAGGGCUUUGUGGGAAAUAGGCAGUGGGGUACAGCGUACAGGUGGGAAUAAAUGGAUCCUACACAUAAAAUAGAUGGGCUCGUGGGCUUGUUUUUGGGUUCUUUUUCGUUGGGUUGGGCUUAUUGGUGGUGGGUUGUGAUUAUUCUAUACAUAAAUGAUAAAACACACUUUCAACUUCUCUCUGUAAUACAACUUGGUCA